UCAACCGUGACAAUAUGUUGAGACAUGGAAAGAGAAUAUUUAUUCCCUUAGAGAAUAUUCACCGUUCAAUUUUAAAGUUGUUUCUGUUUCACCAGCUCAAAGUUCAAUUAAAACGCACCUGGUGCAACAUCCUUCCUACGUCUAACUACGAGCGAUUUGUUUACACACUGAGCUACAAUUAAGGUUCCUUUAUGAACCUCAUAUUGCGGGCAAAUAUUGAAUUUGAGCUUAGUAAUGGACCUCUAAGAACAUCUGUGGACCUCGAGCCUGCCGCUGGCAUGGAGUCGUGCGGAGAAACGCUACGUAAUGGCGGCCGAAGGUACGGAGCUGUGGCUAGAGUUGGGCGACUCGUCUGCUCAAUAUGGCCGAGCACUCGGCAUGCAGGCAAUGAGCGCAUCGUCCACGAUGGACAACUUCCGGGCUCUUCUUCAGGGCGGGUUUUACGGAGGCGGUUCAGGAGGAGAUCAAGCUUAUCGCUUCCCUCCACUGGGUCUGAGCGUGGGCCACUACGGCCAACCUGCACCACGACAAGAUGCAUAUGACCCCAGUGCAUCUUGUAAACUUUACCCGACCCACCAAGAUCAUAUGACUCCAAAUCCUUUCAAAGUAGACUGCAGUGCCGCCAAAGACCAGAAUGGGUAUGGUGCCAAAGAUAUGUCCGUGGGCUGGGGACAAGCCGCCCGACCUGUAUGCACGCCCGAUCCCAUUUCGGGCCGGGGGUAUCCUCCUGACCCCAGCACAUCACCUAGAGACCGGGCCCAUGUUGGGGGAGGAUGGAAUACAUGCGGUAUGACAGCCGUCCAGCAUCAGCAACAUCACCAGCAGCCACCCCAACAAAAUCCCGGUCAAAUGGGACAAGGACAAAAUGCAACUACAUUCUAUCCGUGGAUGGCAUUAGCAGGUGCAAAUGGGUUACGGCGACGCGGACGCCAGACGUAUACUCGAUAUCAGACUCUGGAGCUUGAGAAGGAGUUCCAUACGAAUCACUACUUGACACGGAGGAGAAGAAUAGAAAUGGCCCACGCUCUUUGUCUCACCGAGCGACAGAUCAAAAUAUGGUUCCAGAACAGGCGGAUGAAACUCAAGAAAGAAAUACAAGCAAUCAAAGAAUUGAAUGAACAAGAAAAGGUAGCUCAAAGUCAGAAAAUGAUGCAACAGCAGCAACAGCAACCGCAACAGCCACCCGCUCCCCAACAGACACAACAGACACCCACCGUCCCACCCAACAUGACUCCCAGUCAAACGGGCGGAGGAGUCCCGGAUCAUACGGGACAAAAUCCUGUGCAAAACUAACCUCUUCAGCUCAUCUCUAAGUUAGGAUUAAGGUACGUUGUCGAGAGUUACU